GCUAGGACUGCGGGACGGGACUAUAUUGAGCAAUCUGAAGUCUGAUGGCGUCCUGGCCUGGCUGAUAUUCGAAGCAUCACCAGCGCUUGAAAAGUAGAUAAGUAUAAACGACAAUUGAAUCAAGGAGGCAUACGAACAUUAUUCACCCCACGAUCAUCGAUAUCCACCAUGCCACCCAAACCCACCUCCGACAACGGAUUUUCGCAAAUCAAAAGCCAUCCUCAGUAUUUCAUUCCCACUGGGGACACUCAAUUUUUAGCUCAAAGCGUCCUGUUCAAAGUACAUCGGCAUUUCUUCGAGCGGGAAUCAAUUUCCUUCAGAGAAAUAUUUUCUGGCGGCGAUGGUAACACCAAGCCUUACACGUUGGAUGUUCAACCCGAGGAAUUUGCCCACUUCCUGUGGGUGUUCUAUGACGAGGAUUUCGAAUACGAAAACCAACCGCUCGAGAAGUGGUUGGUGAUCUUAAGGCUAGCAACGCGGUGGGGCUUCCACAAGAUGCGAAAGCUGGUUGUCCGCCAGCUUGAGAAGCUUGACCUAAAACCCAUCGACAAAAUUAAGAUCUAUUCCGACUUCAACAUCGAUGCGCAACUUCUGUUACCAUCAUAUUCGACCUUGGCUAUGAGCCCUACACUCCCUCCUCUUUCAGAGGCUUCAAAGCUCGACAUCGAAACGAUUCUCAAGCUCACAAUGGUGCGGGAAAGAGCGGUGCAGAGGUCGGCAGAGAAAGGAUGCCGUUCUCCAACGAGUGCGAGCGCUGGGGAUGAAGAAGUCAGGAGGAUCAUCUGCGACAUAUUCCAGCUCGCCCGUGUGAAUAACGCUUCUGUGACUGAGCCACCAAAGACUGGUGACGGAGACGGCGUAAAUGGUACCGCGGGGGACUCGGUUCCAACAAUUAAGGAUCCAGUUAAGAAGAGGAACAAAGACAAAGGCAACGCAAAUGGCACCCCCAACGCGAAUGGCGCAAAUGCAAAUACACCAGCCUGAGGUCCCUAGGGUACCCUGCGAGACUUUCUGACACCGGGCUUGUCGCAUUGACUUGCAAGAUCACCAUCCAUUCAGAAUAUGCGCUCGCAGUAUAAAACAUUCGCGUCUUGGAUAAUGG